AUGAUGGGGCAUUCAAAAGCAGCAUCUUGUUCUGUUCUUCCUUCUUUUACCUCACUCAGCUCAAUACACACAAAUCAGCCUGAUCUUGGGUUUCCUUUACCGUCUUUUUGUCUUUAUUCAAGACAUGCUCUUGAUGAUGAAAAUGCACUUGAAUCUGAUAUUAUUCGAUUUUUGACUCCUAUUUCAAUCCUGCAAGAAAAAUUACCUAUGUUUGUAGGUGUAUUGCAGUCUUUGAUUACUGUAGUGAAUGAUUUACCUUUUCAACAUGAUUCAGAAGAAUCUGAUACUGAAGAAGAAGAAGAGGAGGAGGAGGAGGAGGAAGAAGAAGAAGAGGAAGAAGACACUUUGUUUACUAUACUGGGAUUGAAUACAAUGAAAUUAGUACUUUGGAACUAUAUUUUGGAUGAUAUCUGUCUUGUUGUUUUGACAUCUUCGCAGUAUACAGAUGAUGAUUUAUUAAAUCAUAUGCAUUUAAUUAAAGAUGCUAUGCCUUCUGACAGGACUACUGUUCAAGAACUAGGAGACCAAUUAAUCCCUUUAAUUGAUUAUUGGUUCAAGCACUAA